AUGCUUGGUAAUGCUGAAUCUAUUGGAAAUCUAUUGGAUGACCGGAAGGAAAAGGAGAUGCUAAAAGAGUCUUUUUUAAAGGAAAGUGCUCCGCAUUUGCAGGUACCUCGUAAUGCUGCUCUUGUUAGCUCUAUCAGUACCACUUUUUAUAUCGGUAUCAGGUUAGAAAACGAAUUUAACGGAGCAGCUUAUCGGAUAUUCGAAGAUUAUGCCGGCGAGCAAUUAGCUGUACAGAAUGUGCUAAUUUACAUCCGGCAUAAUAUGGCAACGCAUUAUCAUUGCGACGUGGAAUCAGAAUUGCUAAAAAAAUAUCGACCAAGCCUAGUUUAUAGACCACAAAAUAGAGUCGUCUAUUUGGUGGAUAAUCUAAUUGGUAGUCCAGAUGAACGGGAUCCAAGUAUCAAGUUGCAAAUGAGGCCACAACGAAUACAGUUGGCUAUAAAACCAAUAUUGUUAUUAUUAUUAUUAUUAUUAUUAUUAUUAUUAUUAUAUUAUUAUUAUUAUUAUUAUUAUUAUUAUUAUUAUUUUUCCUAUUUUGUUGCAAACCUAGGUGGUAACGAGUCGCUAUCAAUUGGUGCAUUUGGAUACGAAGGAGUCAACGCAUUAUACAUCAAGGAACUUUGUGGUUGUGAAUGUGAAGAAUUGGAUGAACUAAUGUUUUUGCUGCUGUUGCCAAGAGGUUUCCUGUCUCGAACUUGUAAUCGACAUGGAGACCUAAACUGUGGUGAAUGUGUUUGUCGCGAAGGUUACGGUGGUAAUCGUUGUCAGUGCCCGCUGAAUGGCGGAACCAAAGAAGAUCUGUUGAACUUUUGUAGAAAUAACCUGAAAUUCAAUGGUAUUAAUUUAAAGUUGAUAGAACGAUUAAACUGCAAGCAAAAUAAUGGUUAA